AUGCCUUACUGAUGCCCAGCUGACAGGCUGUAGUUCCCGGUACAUGCCCAGGGUCCAGGAUGACAAGCUGCACAUUGUGCUGGACACCCUUAGAUUCUACCAGGUGGAUGCCAAUAUGGCAAGUGCCCACCCCACCUUUCCUUAUGGGUUUUCUUUGUAGUUAUGUCAAAGUUUUAAUAGUCUUCUCCUUGUGGUCUGCACCUUUUGACCAUUCUGAUGUCCAUUCCAUCUCCACAGAUCUUCAUCACCUGCCAUCUGAAGGCUGUCCCUGCCAUGUUUGCUGUGAACUCCAGGAACAGAGCGUGCUCCUUCAUUGAGAACAGGUAUGAGAUACAGAUGGGGCAUCCUGCCUCUUGUUAAAACUGUGUAGGCUGCGAACAUUUAAUUGGGUUUAUUCAUUAGUGCCGCCAGAGGGUUUCAUUGACAUCUGUACAAUAUUGUGUUGUACUGUAAAGGUAGGAGUUUUUAUAAUUCUAUGUAAUUGGGAAGUUAUACGUUGCCAAAUGGAUACCGUAAAAAAGUAUUUACUGUGGAUGGCCUAAAUAUGAGGGCAAACGAUGAACUUUGACCUGCAAUCAAAUUAAACCCAGGUUCCCAAUUGACCAUGCAUUCUCCUUCCAGAUGGGAACAACCAGGCGUAUAGAAGCUGUGAGGUCUCCAAACGCUUCGAAGAACCUACUGAGGCCCCUAUGACUACCCCAACAACCAUCAACACCAAGAGGCCUAUUACUCCGAAACUGAAUCCAGCCAGCUUCUUCCGCGUCCGCCCGGGCCAGCGCAGGGAGCAGCUCCCGAUCCAAAAACCCUUACUCUGGCAUGUGGAAAAGGGGAACGGACACAAAGGAAGGUGGGUUACACACAACACAAAGCCAAUCAGAGGCAACCUGGAUGCCUUGCUCAGUACUUGAGUAUUUAUUGGCUUUUGUGUUUCUCCAAUGUGUUUCUCCAAUGUGGUUUUUGCAUGUAUGGGUUUUCCUCAAAUAUUUCCACUGUCCAGCAAUGUGCUCAAGCUAGAAUGGAAGCAGAAUGAAUUUUGCACACCUCUUGAAGAACUCCGUUUGAAUGUGAAAACCAAUGAAAAUGUUCAAAUACCUCUGCUCUGUUGUGAAGGUUUAACUCAAUCAUUAAAUGCUAUUUAUUUCAGAAUGGAGCAAGACAACAAUCCUGGGGCCCCUGAUCAUUGUCCCUACUCAGGAAGUUAUCAUCUUGGAAAUGGUCUCUACAACAACACUCCGGCUGACAACGAUAUUAGUAGAGACUGUAGACUCCUCAGAGGCAGUCCAUCCCAAGGAGCUGCCAGAGGCUAUGACUGUCCUGCCAACAGAACCAGUAGGCAUCUCUAGGGGCACACCA